GGAGGUUGUGGAAUAUAUGGUACAACACUUCAAACCUCAGAUCUUUGGAGACCGGAAACCGGUGUACGAUGGAAAGAAGAACAUCUACACCGUCACAGCUCUGCCUAUUGGAAACGAAAGGGUUGAUUUUGAGGUGACAAUUCCAGGGGAAGGCAAAGACCGAAUAUUUAAAGUCUCCAUUAAAUGGAUGGCCAUUGUGAGUUGGCGGAUGCUCCAUGAAGCUCUAGUGAGUGGGCAAAUCCCUGUUCCUUUGGAAUCUGUCCAGGCCCUUGAUGUCGCCAUGAGGCACCUGGCUUCCAUGAGAUACACUCCAGUAGGACGUUCCUUCUUCUCUCCUCCUGAAGGAUACUACCACCCGCUGGGAGGAGGCCGAGAGGUCUGGUUUGGCUUCCAUCAGUCUGUCAGACCUGCCAUGUGGAAGAUGAUGCUCAAUAUAGACGUGUCCGCCACGGCGUUCUACAAGGCUCAACCAGUGAUUGAAUUCAUGUGUGAAGUCCUGGACAUCCGGAACAUUGACGAGCAGCCAAAGCCUUUGACUGAUUCUCAGAGAGUCCGUUUCACAAAGGAAAUCAAAGGUUUGAAAGUGGAGGUAACUCACUGUGGACAAAUGAAGAGGAAGUACCGCGUCUGUAAUGUCACUCGGCGCCCAGCUAGUCACCAAACGUUCCCCCUGCAGCUGGAGAGCGGACAAACUGUGGAAUGCACCGUUGCACAAUACUUCAAGCAGAAGUACAACCUGCAGCUGAAGUACCCCCACCUGCCCUGUCUUCAGGUCGGCCAAGAGCAAAAGCACACCUACCUGCCUCUCGAGGUGUGUAACAUUGUAGCUGGCCAGCGGUGCAUCAAAAAAUUGACGGACAAUCAGACGUCUACCAUGAUCAAAGCUACAGCACGAUCUGCGCCAGACAGGCAAGAAGAAAUUAGCCGGUUGGUAAGUAGCUCUUCCUUUUGUGGGGAUGAGGACCCAUACAUACAGGAAUUUGGCAUAAAAGUGAAAGAUGACAUGACCGAAGUGACUGGGCGGGUCUUGCCAGCUCCGAUUUUACAAUAUGGAGGCCGGAAUCGUGCCAUCGCCACGCCCAAUCAGGGGGUCUGGGAUAUGCGAGGGAAGCAGUUCUACAAUGGGAUCGAGAUCAAAGUGUGGGCCAUCGCGUGCUUUGCCCCUCAGAAGCAGUGCAGAGAAGAAGUGCUGAAGAACUUCACGGACCAACUGCGCAAAAUAUCUAAGGACGCGGGGAUGCCAAUCCAGGGCCAGCCUUGCUUCUGUAAAUACGCACAAGGUGCUGACAGUGUGGAGCCCAUGUUCCGACAUCUGAAAAACACAUAUUCAGGACUCCAGCUCAUCAUCGUCAUUCUGCCGGGGAAGACACCGGUCUACGCGGAGGUGAAGCGUGUAGGGGACACUCUCCUGGGCAUGGCCACUCAAUGUGUGCAGGUCAAAAAUGUGGUGAAGACUUCCCCCCAGACUCUUUCCAACCUCUGUCUCAAGAUCAAUGUUAAACUUGGUGGAAUUAACAAUAUCUUGGUGCCCCAUCAGCGAUCGGCCGUUUUUCAGCAGCCAGUUAUAUUCCUGGGAGCUGAUGUGACUCAUCCUCCAGCUGGGGAUGGAAAGAAGCCCUCCAUAACAGCUGUAGUGGGCAGCAUGGAUGCCCACCCAAGCCGCUACUGUGCCACGGUUCGAGUACAGCGGCCACGCCAGGAAAUCAUUGAAGACCUUUCCUAUAUGGUUCGAGAGCUCCUCAUCCAGUUCUACAAGUCCACACGCUUCAAGCCGACACGCAUUAUCUUCUACCGGGAUGGCGUGCCUGAGGGACAGUUGCCACAGAUCCUUCAUUAUGAGCUUCUGGCCAUCCGAGAUGCCUGCAUUAAACUGGAGAAGGAUUACCAGCCGGGGAUCACCUACAUUGUGGUUCAGAAAAGACACCACACUCGCCUCUUCUGUGCAGACAAAAACGAGAGGAUUGGCAAAAGUGGGAACAUACCAGCAGGAACUACAGUUGAUACGAACAUUACUCACCCCUUUGAGUUUGACUUCUACCUGUGUAGUCAUGCCGGCAUUCAG